GGUCGGUCUGGUCACCACUUCUCUGUGUUCUAUUGCUUCAGUCUGCCACUGGGAAGGUUCAGUCAUUCAAAUGAGACCUGUAGGCACUGUGGUGAUUUUGGGGCUGCUGGCAGGGGCCUGGGCACAGGGGCUCCAAAGUAUUUUCAAGCCGAACUGUGAUUCGCCGGAAGCAGAAGAAGCUGCUUUAGUAGCCCAGGAGUACAUUAAUGCCCAGUUCAGUCAUGGCUACAAGUUUGCCCUCAACCAGAUUGAAGAAAUAAAGAUAAUUACAAAGCCAGAUGGUGGAGAGACCUAUAUUGUGGAACUGGAACUGCUUCAGACCAAGUGUCAUGUCCUGGAUCCAACACCUGUUGCCAACUGCACAGUCAGACCUCUUCAGGAAACGAAAGUUGAAGCAGACUGUGAUGUGGUAUUGUCCAAGACUGGAGGCGUUCUGUCUGUGGUGGCCUACAAGUGCAAAUCUAAACCUGAUUCCGCUGAGGAUGUGUGCCUUGGGUGUCCUCAGCUUGUAGCUCUGACCCACACCGAUGCGCUGCAGGUCGUCGAUGCUUCUCUGGGCAUCUUCAACAGCAAACUGAAUAACGACACUGCACAAUUUGCAAUGUUGGAGGUUGGCAGGUUGUCAUCACAGGUUGUGACUGGCGGUCCCCAGUAUUUUGUGGAAUAUGCCAUUGUAGAAACGAACUGCACAGUCGAUGACCAUGAUGCAUGUGUUCCACUGCUGCAGCCUCCAGCACGAAAAGGCUUCUGUGUGGCUAAAGGUGUCCUUUCUGCGAUUACUGUAGACUGCACACUCUUUCCCGCUGUGCAGUCCCCAGUGGACCCAACAGCAAAUCUUACAGGGUCAGUAGCGCCCCCUGUUGUCCCAAAACUCCAUACCAUCCACGGCCUCAAGCACCAUCACAAGCUCAGUAUCGUCAGCGAUCCGGCAACUGCUGGCCUUCUGUCUGAGUCGAAUGAGUCAGAAGAAGUGCCGGUCGUGAAGAGGCAAGCGCCAAUGGACACGCUGCUUGAACUGCCAGAGGUGCCGGCUGCUCCAGAAAUACCAGCAGUUGCAGAAAUGCCCGUUGUGCCACAUUUGCAAAUCUGUCCUGGAAGAAUCAGGCACUUCUAAGCCACAUACUUCUAAAUGUGACAUUUUUCGACCAGGUCACGUUUGAUGCCUUUAUGAUGACAUCAGAAUGGGGUGUACAAAAUUUCAUUUGAUAACUCACAGUGUCAGGUUCUUUCAUGGGGUGCUUGGCAUUCGUCAUCUUUUCUCAGUCCAUUUCACUUAUGUACUGAAGACUGAACUGAAUAUGUGUUUAGCCAGAUUCUGGAAGAUGCAGGAUUCAGUUGUGAUUGGAAGACAACAAAUGACUUGAUGCAUGGUGCUAUGGUGGCAUUUAUUCACAUUCAAGUAGUGUGUCUGUAAGUGUGUGUAUUCUUUACAAGAAAUAAUAUCUACUUUAGGAAAUUAAAGAAUUGCACAACA